UUAAUUUCAGACAGGCGGGGUCCUGAGCCGUCGGGCGACUUUCCUACUACUUAGUGAGAAUUUCAGACUUGUCAACUUUAGUGGAGUGUCGCAAGUUUCUCGGGGCUGUUUCGCGGGCGUUUCGCAGCUACCGGAGUACCGCUGUGGUUGUUUUGGGUCCCCUGGAGCACUAACCCACGAUGGGUCCUGUCCGGGGAUGGUCCUGCGUGCUGCUGGUGUUUGUCUCACUUGUCCUGGACGGGUUCGUGGCGCUGGCUUCAUUCUCCCAGGCUAUGGACAGCGACUUCACCUUCACUCUCCCUGCUGGUCGAAAGGAGUGUUUCUUUCAAACCAUGAAGAGACACGCAUCGUUGGAGAUUGAAUAUCAGGUAUUAGACGGUGCCGGCCUCGAUGUAGACUUCCACAUCUCUUCUCCCUCCGGCCACAUGCUUUUCAACGACUACCGCAAGUCCGAUAGUGUCCACACCGUGGAGGCGGAGGAGGACGGAGACUACAUGUUCUGCUUCGACAACACCUUCAGCACUGUCUCUGAGAAGAUCAUCUUCUUCGAGCUGAUCCUGGACAACGUGGAAACGGACGAGGACCCCGACGACUGGAAGGAGUACGUCCAUGGAACGGACAUCCUGGACAUGAAGUUGGAGGACAUCAUGGACACAAUCAACAACGUGAAGUCUCGUUUGGGGAAAAGUGUACAAAUCCAGACGCUGCUGCGAGCGUUUGAGGCUCGCGACCGAAAUCUCCAGGAGAGUAACUUCGAAACGGUGAACUUCUGGUCGGUGGUCAACCUUUUUGUGAUGAUGGUUGUGUCGGCCAUUCAGGUCUACCUCGUGCGCUCACUGUUCGAAGAUAAGAGGAAGAUUCGUACAUAGCCCCUGCUAGAGUGAGGGGGGAACGAGGAAGCUGCUGCGCUUCAUUACAAAUACUUUUGAUUUUUUUUCUUUUUUUUUUCUUGUUAGUUUCAAGAUGUCUGACCCACGUGUGCACGCUCAUAUUAGACACAACUGGAGCAAACUCUGCUCAGAGCUUGCUCUGGUUUUAUAUCCACUGGUGUUUGAGACGGUGCGAAAAAGGCAUCUGCUGCAAGAUUUACGUCCCCCUCCCUGUAAAUCCAGCCCUGUCUGGUUGCUAUGAACUGUUCUAUGAAGUGUUUGUUAAGCAGUGGUUUUUCCAACUCUGCACAAUUUGCCAAAAAGUCCUCUUUUUUUUUCUACUUUGGACACACUUUGCAGUUUUUAGCUAAACUAUCUCAGCCAAACAGGAGUGGGAGGUGCAACCAGACUGGCGGCCUGUCUUCCUGACCUAUUAGUCACCGCAUCUUUUGUAUUGUUAACUGUCGACCUUUGUGAGGCCUUUAGCUGUUUGCAACAAACGUGCUUGUUGUUACAACCAGCCUUUCUCUCUCAUUCAAAAACAAACCCUUCGGCAGUGAGUGUUGGGCUGUGCUGCUACCGUGUGCUGACGAAUAGGAGAAAGACAGAUUUUCUGACUAUGCCCCACUCUCGGGGCCCGUGAUUUGUCAUCUGAGCCGCCGCCAGCUCCGCCAGCCUCCACUGUGAAGCCCCGUGGCUGCUGAUAGGUGUCUGCUUACAGACCCUGAAGACGUUGAUCCCGACUGUCUCUCUGGUGACACUUGUCUAUUUCUAUCUCACUGACACCUGGAAGGUCACCGCCUCUGACGUGCCCCAGCCAUCCAAUGCCUCUGAGACAUCGGCAUUCCUUUUUAAAGUAUCUAACUACUGAACUGUUCCUUUUGCCAACAUUACAAACAUCUGAUUAAUUGCACUGCCUCAGAUGCCACCGAACAACAGAUACAUCUUCAUCAAAAUUCUUAUAUUUUUAGUAUGAAAUUGAAACUGCAUUUUUAAGGAAUGGAUAACAUAACGGACCCACCAGAUACAGGAUGGCAACAGAUGCGUUCAGGAAGGCGCAGCUAUCACAGCGUUUGAAGUCGUGCUGGUUACGUAUCGUAUGCAGAUGCUGCUGAGGUUGAGGUUAUGCUUUUUUUAUUUGGUUUUAUUCAGCCCCGCUGCUGACAUCAGGUUGCUCACUGUCAUGACUCCAUCUGGACAUCCAGUCAGUUCAGUCUGUUCUGUAAGAUGAAGAUCAUGCUAUGAGAUUAUACGUUUGGGAUGUAGAAAUCCUUAUGCCAGAGGUGUACAAUACCAAUGUUUUUGGCCAUGUUGUGUUAAAAUCGAUUUUUUUAAAAACUUUUUUUUUGGGGGGGGGGAAUGCCAGCAGCAAACUAAGAUGACCAAUGCAAAGAAAAGGUCCUCUCCUCAGAGGCUGCUCAUUAUUCAGCCUUUCAGCAGUUGUUACAGUAGUCUAUAGUGAGAUUCUAAAGAUUGUUAUAGAGUUCUAAUAAAGUAUUCUGGUUAGUUUUAAUGUCUUCCCAAAAUCUCACAAAGUAUGACAUUUGUUACUGAAAUAAUAAAGUUUCUGAGACCAAGGCUACAUUCUUUUUUUGUGUUGUUAUAUACAUACAAUUCCACUGUGAUGAUGCUGUGAGGGAAGAAGGAACCAGACUUAGCAAGUCUGGUUCCUAUUCAACUAAUGUCCUGUA